CUCCAGGAACGAACGUCGAAAUAUUAGUUACCCAGGGCGUUAUCAAAUCAAUUAUUUAUCGAUUGAUUUUUCAUAUUGCAUAAUUCGUCUUUCACAUUCAGAAAUAAUUUUUUUUUCUUCAUCUUCUUUCAUUGCGGGAGACAUUGUUGUCCCUUUGAUGCUGCUAAUUUUGCGAUUGUUGUCAUCAGUCACUCGUGACAUAGCCUCAGGCUGAUUGGAAACUAUGACUAAUAUUCGGGGAAAAAGUGUCUGAUUAUGUAGGUCCCAUAUUCCUUGAAUUUAGUGACAUGAGAAGUUGAGCUUAAUACGAGAUCUGUGAAGAGGGGUUUUUUUUUUACUUUGUGAAGCUGUAUUUUUUGCGAAAUCGUGUGGUUAUUAGUUGAUCGGUGAUUCUGAAGUUUGGAGACUGAUUUUUAAAUUUGAUAUUGUUGUGGUUUUUGAAACUCAAGUGACAAUGUCGUGGAUAAGAAAAAAUACACUGAGCUUUUUACAAUUAUUUGCUGUUAAGAUAAUCAAGUGUGGAAGGAUUCCACAGCAUGUGGCUUUUAUUAUGGACGGAAACAGGAGGUAUGCCAGGAAGAAUCAGGUGGCUGGGAUCCAGGGGCACGCUGAGGGGUUCAACAAACUCGCAGAGACUCUCCAGUGGUGUCUAGAUCUUGGCAUCAAGGAGGUGACUGUCUACGCAUUCAGCAUUGAAAAUUUCAAAAGAAGUCGGGAAGAGGUCGAUGCGCUGAUUGAUCUAGCAGUAGAAAAGUUUCAAAGAUUAUUAGACGAGAGAGAAAAGCUGAUGGAAAAUGGUGUUCGUAUUUCAGUCAUAGGAAAUUUGUCGUUAAUACCUGAUAACCUCAGGCAGUUAAUGGCGGAGGCCAUGCUUAUCACGAAAGAUAAUGACAAGGCAUUUCUGAAUAUUGCGUUCGCAUAUACGUCUAGGGACGAGAUCACAGAGACGGUGAAAACGAUUGCAGAGGGUGUGAGGAAUAAUGCAAUCAGUUUGUCUGAUAUCAGUGAGGACUUUUUCUCUAGAUGUCUUUAUACAAGUCGAUCUCCAGACCCAGACCUCAUUAUAAGGACUUCUGGAGAAAUUAGGUUCAGUGAUUAUCUCCUGUGGCAGAUUUCUCACUCGUGCGUACAUUUUGCGAAUGUUCUCUGGCCAGAAUCCAGCAUAUGGGACUUACUGAUAGCUAUAUUCCAUUAUCAACGUGGUCACGCGGAACUGAACAGAUCAAAAAUCUAUCAAAAAACUAUUGAUCAGAGCUGUACGUUACGCGCAGUUGCUUUCACGAGAAAAGUGGAAAAAAACAAGCAAUCAUUUUUGGAACUAGCAGUUUCCAGUUCCUGAGCUCCCACGCAAAUGAAUUAUUUGUAAAUACAGAAUAAAAUUGGUGUUGUUCAGAUUUUUUUUGUUCCAAUGAAUAAUAAAAUCAAUUGAGGGUAUUUUUUUCACCAAUUCUCGAGCCUUCAACCGGCAUGAGCUUCUGCAGCCGUAUAAUCUUUUGAAUGUCUACGUCAGAUCACCUAACAUAAUCUAUCGCUGAUAAUCACCUUAGAUUAACCUCAACAUAUGAUUGAUAGAAUGAAGACAAACAUGACUAUAUGGUAACUCUAAAUUUACUAAUUGUGUAAUAAAAAUUUCCUAAAAAUAUAUUAUGGUAUUCAACCAUUUAAAA